AUUUCCCAGGGGCCAUUGCAGCGGGAGGACACACACACACCCCACUUCCGGGGAGAACGAAAGGUGUGGAAGUGAGCGACUCCGGCGGGUUCUGAGAAAACCCGGGCUGGGUGGCGCCCGUGGCUCGAGUUGGCGGUCCGGUGCGCGCCUGGGGCGGCGGUGAAUGGGCGCGCCUGGCGUGUCGACUGCGCGACUGACAGCGCGUAGCGCGUGUGAGACGGGGGCAGGUGAGGGCGAGUCUGUGCAGGCGCGAGGCGUGACCGACGGGGCCCGGUGAGCUUCUGCGCGUGCGCGCGCGUUCCCGCAGCCCGGGCGACCGCGUGGUGCCUGAAGUGUGGGCGUGAAUAAAGGCUCGUGAGCUGCCAAGAGCUGGAGGCCGUCCCGGAGGCCGCCGCCCCGCGCGCGUUCCGGAGUCCUGUGCGGCCCAGGGUCCCGGGAGGCUGCCCGGUAGGGCUGGUGCGCCUGAGGCGAUUCUUCCGCGCCCCACCGCGAGGGGGCGGAACUGGACACGGCCGGGCGUCCCGGGCCUGAGGAGCGGGCCCGGGGCAGAGAGCGUUCCCGCGGAGCAUUAUCUCCGAGGGCGCCGCUGCCCCUCAAGGAGGACGUCGGUUAACCCUUGACCUGUCGGAACCCUGCCCCAGACACCGCAGCGGUGCGACUGGACGAAGGCGAGGCCGCAGCUCCGCCCGCACUGCUCACGGGUCCGACCGGCCUGCGGCUUCUCUCCCAGAUAAAGCCCUUCUCCGGGGGAGCAGCUGGGAAGAGGCGGAGGUGAUGGAAAUUGAGCUUGAAGCCAUGUCGCUGGAUGAAUAUGAUAAUCUGUUUGACCAUCCCCUUGUUAUUCCGAUUCAUUGACUUUCACAGAUGUGGCCAUAGAUUUCUCCCAAGAUGAGUGGGAAUGGCUGAAUCUCGCUCAAAGGACUUUGUACAAGACGGUGAUGUUGGAGAACUACAGAAACCUGGUUUCACUGGGUCUUUGCAUUUCUAAACCAGAUGUGAUCUCCUUACUGGAACAAGAUGAAGAGCCUUUCGUGAUGAAAAGAGAGAUAACAAGGGGCCUGUGCCCAGAGUUGGAGUAUGUGUGGAUGACCAAGGAAUUAUCUCCAAACCAGGACAUUUAUGAAGAAAAAUUAUUCCAGGCAAUGAUAAUGGAAAGAAAUACAAGCUAUGACCUUGAAUGUUCCACAUUAGGGAAAAACUGGAAAUGUGAAGACCUUUUUGAAAGGGAGCUGGUAAGCCAGAAGACACAUUUCAGGCAAGAGACAAUCAGUCAUAUAGACCCACUUACUGAAGAAGCAGACCACUCUAACAAAUCUGGGACAGUUUUUCAUCUGAAUAGAUUAUCUUAUAUAAAACAGGUUUUUCCCAUUGAAAAGGGAAUAUAUAAUUUUGACACAGAUAAGAAAAGCUUAAAAACACAUUCAUUUGUGAUAAAACACAAGCAAGUGUAUGAAAAAAAUAAACUUUUGAAAUGUAGUGACUGUGAGAAAACUUUCAGCAAAAUCUCAACCCUUAUUCUUCAUCAGAGAGUUCAUACUGGGGAGAAACCCUAUGAAUGUAUUGAAUGUGGGAAAGCCUUCAGCCAGAGUGCCCACCUUGCUCAACAUCAGAGAAUACACACAGGAGAAAAACCCUUUGAAUGUCCCGAAUGUGGGAAAGCCUUCAUUCAGAAUGCUCAUCUUAUUCAACAUCAGAGAGUUCAUACUGGAGAGAAACCUUACCAAUGUAAGCACUGUAAUAAAGCUUUCAGCCAGCUUGCACAUCUUGCUCAACAUCAGAGAGUUCAUACUGGAGAAAAACCCUACGAAUGUAUUGAAUGUGCGAAGGCGUUUAGUGAUUGUUCAUCCUUAGCUCAUCAUCGAAGGAUUCACACUGGAAAAAGACCCUAUGAAUGUAUUGAUUGUGGGAAAGCCUUCAGGCAGAAUGCCUCUCUGAUACGUCACCGGAGAUACUGUCAUACUGGAGAGAAACCCUUUGAUUGUAUUGAUUGUGGGAAGGCUUUCACUGAUCACAUAGGACUUACUCAGCAUAAGAGAAUUCAUACAGGAGAAAGACCUUACAAAUGUAAUGUGUGUGGGAGGGCUUUUAGCCAUGGCUCAACCCUGACUGUACAUCAGAGAAGUCAUACAGGAGAGAAACCUUAUGGAUGUAAUAUUUGUGAGAAAGCCUUUAGCUAUCGUGGCUCACUUACUCUUCAUCAACGAGUUCACACUGGAGAAAAACCCUAUGAAUGUAAGGAAUGUGGGAAAGCUUUUAGGCAGAGCACACACCUCACUCAGCAUCAGAGAAUUCAUACUGGAGAGAAACCUUAUGAAUGUAAGGAAUGCAGCAAAACCUUCAGUCAGCAUUCACACCUUGCACAACAUCAGAAAAUACACACUGGAGAGAAACCUUAUGAAUGUAAGGAAUGUGGUAAGUCCUUCAGUCAAAUUGCACACCUUGUUCAACACCAGAGAGUUCAUACUGGCGAGAAGCCUUAUGAGUGUAUUGAAUGUGGGAAGGCCUUUAGCGAUGGCUCCUAUCUUGUUCAACAUCAGAGACUCCACACUGGCAAAACACCAUAUGAAUGUCUUGAGUGUGGGAAGGCAUUCAGACAGAGGGCAUCCCUGAUUUGUCACCAAAGGUAUCAUACAGGUGAGAAACCUUACGAAUGUAAUGUUUGUGGGAAAGCAUUUAAGCACCGUAAAUCCCUUACUCUACAUCAAAGAAUUCAUACAGGAGAGAAACCUUAUGAAUGUAAGGAAUGUUGCAAAGCCUUCAGCCAGAUUGCCCAUCUCACAUUACACAAAAGAAUUCAUACUGGAGAAAGGCCUUAUGAAUGUAAAGAAUGUGGGAAAGCCUUCAGGCAAAGUGUGCAUCUGGCUCAUCAUCAGCGAGUUCAUAGUGGAGAUUCAUCCUCAGUUAUCCUCUCCUUAUCCCCAUACCACUAAGUCCUCUAGAUGCAAUCUUCUAAUACCUCUAGAAUCCAUCCACUUUUUUCCAACCCAUGUUCCGUCAUCACAGUCUAAGAUGCAACCAUCUAAUUUGGAUUUCUGCAGUAGUGUUAUAACCCAUUAUCCCUCUUGCUCUCCUCAAGUGCAUUUUUAACACUCAGCUAAUCUUUUAAAAAUAAAAACAUUCAUGUUACAUUCCCAUUUAGGACACUUGUUUUGAAAACUCUGUUAGAUAAUCCAUUUAAAGGAUUUGGCACAUAAUCCUUGGCAUAUUGUGACAUUAAAGGGUUCCUUAUGUUCAACUGCCAGCAAAAUGAGUCAGUAGGUCAAGACUAAGAAACUGACAGAUUGUAGAGAAAAGAGAGGGCUCUACUCUCCCAACAGGUAGGAAAGAUGACCACAUUUAUAAUUGAAAAGGUUUGUGAUGCCCAAGGUAACAGGGUGAUUCACUGCUCCCUCUGAAUAAAUGUAAGGACGGUAGCUUUCUUCAUGAACUAUCAUUUCACCUGGCAUUUAGAAGUGAGAAUGGGCCAAUUAGAACAAGAGCAUUUAAUAGAAUGUAGGACUAGCCAGGGGAUAGUAUUAGAAACAAAACAGCAAAGAAAAGUUGAAUAGAUGAGUAGCCAUGAAAUAAAUUGGAAAAGAUAGUUCAACACUUUCCCCUAUAGGAAAGAACCUGCAAUAUUUAAAUUGUGCUCGAGCAUAAAAUGAAUACAGUGCAGCUCCCAAUCUUGUUCUAGGAGACUGACAAGACUGAUACCAAAACUGAACCUACAUACUGCAAUUCGCUAAUGAUUGUAGAUGUUAAACAUUUUUUAAAUAUUAAAAGAGAGUAAAUGGAAAAGUAGAUAUGUCUCUGUAUAGAAAGACUCAGUCUAGCAGAGAUAUUCCAAAGUUAAAUAUGGAAAAUCAUUGAUAUUCCAAUGGAAAUCCCAGUAUAAGGUUGACAAGCUGAUUCUGACCAUUUGUAGAAGUAUGACAGGGCAAGGACUGUAGUAUUCAGUUAACAUUAGCUAAGCAUCACUGAAGUGCCAGGCAUUGCUUUAAAUGCCAGUGACACAAAAGGGAGCACAAUAUAGAAAGGCUUUUGCCCUUAACAGAUCUAGUGCGAGAAGACAACUGAAAUACGUAUGUGAUAUGUACUGUGAUGAAAAAUUAUCUAAAGAGGGAGCUAGGUAGUGCUGGGAGGGGCUGCCUUACCAACCCCAGAACAUAGGGGCACUAGAGGAACGGAAUGAGGAAAACUAAAGGUAACUGUCAGAUACAAGGCAUAGUUAGAAGUCAUGAUAGUGCCAAGGCACAUCACAUGGAACUUGUGUUACAGGAAGAGGGAAUUGACAGUUUAACAAGGAUCAUAAUUUCAUUCUCUGUAGUGAUUUAGGGGCUGGUGGAGGGUUUUGGUUUUUGUUUUGUAACAGCCUUAUUGAAAUAUAAUUUACAAAGUGUACAAUUUACCCAUUUAAAGUAUACAAAUCCAUGAUUUUUAGUAAGUUCAGAGUUGUGCAGCCACCACAUUAAUUUUAGAACAUUUCUACCUGAAAAGAAGUCCUGUGCCGUUCAGUAGUGACUUCCUGCCCUGGAGGAGUACUCUUACCUGGAGCACCCAGAGCUCUUGGAUUCCCUUUGGACUGCUGCCUACGGCAGAGAGCCGUGUGAGGUAUGCUUAUGCAGAGGACAGGACUGCCAGAAAACAGAGCUCUGGGGCUCCCCCUUUAUUUCAGCAUAAAGGCUAGGGUAUGCGUGCUUAUCCAGGGCAUGUUGCAUUUUGAGACUCACUUAUGUAUGAUAGGAUUUUUCAUUGCAGUGGAGACAAGAUGGGUUUGUUUACUAGCAUUGAGACAUACAGCUUUCUGGGAAGACAUACAGCCAUACCUUGCAUACUCCUGAAGUUCUGAAAGAUUUAAGAUCUAAGUAUCUGAUACUAAUGUAGAAGAAAAACUAUUUCUGUAGCCUUGGUUUUAGGCAGACCUCAAGCAUUACUCAUAAGCUAGGAAUUGACAUUAAACAUUUAAAUAACAUUUAUGUGUGGAAAACAGAGUUAGUAGACAAGUGAGAGAGUGAAAGAAAAUAUUUUCAGAAGGAUAACAAAGGAUAAUCUUGAUACUCAAAGCAUGAUGACGAAUCCAUAACAUUUGCAACUCAAUAGCAAAAUGGACAGUGCUGAUGCCCAGUUCAAAGAAGAUGAAAUAAGAGCUAAUGAAAAUUAUCCAGUAUCACUAUUCAUCAAGGAAAUGCAAAAUAAAGUGAUGCUAUAUCUACUUUUUCCCAAUAGAAGAAUGAUCAUAGCCAGUUUUGGUGAAUGUAUGAAAACAAUCCCAUUGUCAGUUAUAUAAAUUUCUGUAUGUAUAUACCAUUUGAAUCAUUAUUCCUCAGAAACCAACAUGUACAAAGGUAGAUAAAUGUGUAAUGGCAAAAAACAAAAAAAAAUUUUUUAAUGGGAAACCAUUGGAAACUAUUAGAGUAGUAGGUAAGUGGGUAAGUUAACUAAGGUGUAUUCAUUCAGUAGAAUUAUUUGCAGCUAUUGAAAGAAAAGAAAAGUGUAUAUAGCCACAAGUAAAAGUGUGCUGUACCAAAAAAAAAAAAAUUCCAGGCCUGUAUUGUAGAAUAAACUCAUCAAAAAUUAAACGUACCAUACUUAUCUUUCUGUUUUUCUCUGCCCAGUUUUCCUAGCUUCCCCCUCUGGACUCCAUCACCUCUUCUUUUCCUUUGAAUAACCAGCUGUUCCCUACCAUAUGGUUCUGAUGGGCCUGGCCAAUCAAGUCUCUUUGGAGUGUGAAAGGUAGUUGGAUAUGUCAUUUAAUGGCAGCUCCCAAAGGAAUGGUGCUGGUGCCCCAGCUCUGGUCUUUGGAGCCACCCCAGUUUUGUGCUUUCUAAGGCUGUGGUUCCUCAGAGUGCCUAUUGUCCCCCUAGUACUUCAUUUCUUGGCUUUUGUUGCUCAUGUGUUUAUAAUUAAACUUAGCCUGUAUAGAAUUUGGUAUGAAGAUUGGGUAAUAGGCAGUAGAAUCUUUGGAAAAUUUGAGGGGUUAGAGAUUGGUUUUUAGGUGAGAUGGGGCUGGCCAGACUCCCGUUUCUUUUCUAGUCUAGGAAUGUAACAACUCAUGGUGCCCACUGUGCAAAUGCCCUGCAAAUUAUUAUUAGUUGUAGUCACUGAGAUGAAUAGAGGUCUAGGGUCCUGGAUAGUGGCAGUUUAAAGAGGAAAAGGAAUGCUAAGUCCAAAGAGUGUAUAUGAUGCUGGUGUCUGACUACUUUGGGUAAUUUAGAAUUCAGAUCUUGAACUUCUAGCAUCAAGGCAAAAAACUUCAACUAAGAGUCUUUGUAUAUUGAGGGAUGUCUUACACUGUUUGAAAUUAUAGGGUUAAGAUUGCUCAAAAUCUAAUUUAGAGAUUCCAUUCAUUGGUUGCUAAGGUAGGAUGCUGAUUAAAUUCCAUAUUUGAUUGUACAAUGGUUGUUAAAGACUCCCUCACGAAUUCCUAUGUUAAAUCUCUAAGCCCCAAUGUGACUGUAUUUGCACACUGGGCCUUUAAGCAGGAAAUUUAGUUAACUGAUCUGAUGAGAGUGGGGCCCUAAUUUGAUAGGACUGGUGUACUUACGAGGAAGACACACGAGCUACUAGAGAGAAGUUUUGACAACUAAUAAAUCUGGCAAUUUACCCCAGAUGGACUGACCUUGACCUUUACAGGAGGUGACACUGGAGCCAGAUGACAAGUUGAGGGAAUCAACAUUUCUAGAUUAUAGCAGAAAAAACUCCCACUGCCCACUCCAGAUACAGCUUUCCCAUGAAGUGUUUGUGCUCCUUGUGUCCAAGGAGACAGGAACUCUGAGUGCAUGUAUCUCGUGGAAUGUCGCACUCCUAAGGGCAGCAGGUGGUCCUCUGGGGCUGCUGCCCUUGGGACUAUAUAGGAAUACGGUUCCCAAAAGGAGACUGAUUCACAGAAGAUCCAGAGUAACUCGCACUGGGACCAGCAUCACUGAGGAUUUCUUUCUACCCAAUAUUCCUGAGAUUUC